GUCCCGAAGCUUGGUGGGCGGGCUCAGAGAAUCUCGCGCAAAGCCGGCGUCACUCGAGCCUGCAAUCAUCCGACUCUGUUCGAACACCAAUUGCCCAUCGACGACCGCGUCUGACACGCAAUCUGCAAAGAUGGUCCUCCCUACUCCCCUCCGCAUGGCGUCUCUGCCCUCCUACAAGAGCCCCUACGGCCCUAAGUACCACUACCAGCCCAAUGUUGCUGGCUGGACCGUGAAGCAGGCCACUCAGCUUGGCUUCAAGGCUGGUGCUUUCGGUGGCGUUGCUCUCUUCGCCGUCAUCUUCUACGCCUCGGGCAUUCCCCGUGUCCAGGACGACGUCCUCAAGAAGAUCCCCUUCUUGGCCAAGUACUACACCAAGGAGAUCCCUGCCUCUGACAACCCGUUCUAAGCAUUGCGAUGGCGUGCCUGGAAGCUGGGAAAGGAGGAGGAGAUGGUGCUGGAAUGCGAGCAUGAGCGUAGAGGCCGGAUUCCUUUGUACAAAACAGUGAAACAAUAGACCACACCAAAGCCUCAUCAUUUGCCAAAUCCUUGCUAGAACUCUUCUGCAGUGACUGCACCGUAUGCCUAAAUCGUGCGAGCUCGUUUGCGAGCUGGUUCUGCGAAGUUGGUAGUCAGCUAGUUUGACGGCCCUUUGAUUGG